ACUCCUAUAAACAUCGUUGGUUUUUUUACGAAGUUCAUUAAACUCGUGUAAGCUGUAUUUGAUUUUUCUUUUUCAAAUAAAGAUGAAUAGUGCCCCAAACAGAAAUUUACCACCGUUAAUAACGAUGCAUCCUGUGAAAUAUAAUAUCGAAAACAAAGCUUCAUUGAUGAAUCCAACGCUAUUCGGCAGAACACCGAAUCUUUUUGACAUACCUCACUUGCAACCAAAAAAUGGAACAUCUCUCUUCUAUACCUCUCAUUCAAAACUUGGAGAAAGAAAUAACGUAGAUGUAAAUACUUCAUUGAAAAAGCAAAGUGAUUUAUUUAUAUCGACUAAAGAAUUUAUUUCAAGUUUAUCUUCUGUUAGUACAGAGGUUUCACAAGCUACCUCUCAACAAAAUAUUGUGGAGACAACAUCUGGCAACGAAAAAACAUCGAGUUCUUAUUUAAAAAUAAACAACAGCAUAAAAGUAAAAAAAUUUGCUCCUGAUGUGAAAGGGCUACUCUCUAGUUUUUCAUCUGUUAAAAAGCUUCCGAAGGAUAACGAAAUAAAAAAAUACAACUCUCAAUCUUACUCAGUUACAACUACGUCGUCGUCUAGUUUUUUGCCGUCUUAUGUAAGUCCAACAAAAUCUGAAUUUAACACUCAAUUAAGUAACGGAAAAUCAAACUCUUCAUUAACACCUAAAGUUCCUAAAGAUCUUCUUGAGGCUAGUAUUAGAAAAACUGUUCCACAUUCACUUUCAAACGUUUCCAUAACGUCAAAUUCAUCUAUUUAUAAGCCAUCUACAAUAAAUGUUUGUAAUGAAAUUAAUAUAAAGCAGGAGUACCUUGAUUGUUCUGACGCGAAACUAAAUGGGACAAUUAUAUCAGAUAAAACUAAAGAAACUGACUAUUGUAAAGAUGAGACAGGUUAUCCCAUUUUAUCUUCAACAGAAUUAAAAGCCUCAAAACAAAAUUGCGAUUCGUAUAUUUUUAAAAAACCAAAGUUGAUUUCCGAAAGACGUUACGCAACGGAUGAAAAACAAGAACAUGCAAAUUUCACGGAGCUAUACGAAAAUGCAAAGCGUAACUUACUUAAUAUACGUGUUGAAAGUUACAAUAUUUUUAACUCAAAGAAAGAAGAAAUUGUAAAACCUACUUUGGUAGAAACUUCCUUAAAAAAUUGCUAUCAAGUUGUAAACCAACCUAAUAUAUCUGAAGAAAGCAAAAAUGAAAACCACGGGAAAACAGAGUACGAAGAAAAUAUCUGUCUAAAAAGAAAAACACCAAACAUUAGUGAGUGGUCUAACAAACUUAAAGAAAAUACAACGUCUAAGCAAAUAGGUACUAGCAUCUUUCUUAGUAAUGGAACACAGGAGUGUAAACCUCUAAAUGAGUCAAAUGAACGCACACAAAAUGAUGGAUCAAACAAUAAAAAAAAGCAUGCGGAACUUCAGUUUUACGAAGAAAAUGAGUCUACUUGCAAUAAUGCUUCUUAUGAGGAAUGUUAUGCCAAGAAUUCAAAGGUUUUGUAUAGUAAUCGAUUUUUUAAUGACUAUCAUUCCUCGUUAAAACCCGCUGAAUUUGAUUAUAAUAUAUAUAAUGGAGUGUCAAUAAUGCCGUUUUCAUUUAAAGAACAAAUUUAUCAAAAUAAUUGUCUCGAUUAUUUUGAUUCUCGUAACGCAAGGUUUUAUCGUGCGAUGGAUUAUUACCACUUUUAUUACAAAAAUGAAUUAAACAAAAUGAAACAUUCUAUGACAGACGCAAACGAGUCAAAGAUCGAUGAAGAAGGAAAAAAAGAAAAAUCUAGUGUGACAGAUUUUGAAAACAAUGAAAAAAAUGUAUUUGAAGAGGAAUCACUAAAAAAAGUUAUCACUCAACCAACAGAGUUUUCUAACUGUCAAAGCGAAGUAAUUAUUAGUGAAAAAUCCGACUUACCAUCUAAAAAAGAAACUUUAUCUUAUUCUGCUGAAAAAAAAAAAAAGGCUUUAAAAUAUCGACCAUAUAGCCUAAGACAAAGAAUUAAAGCAGCCCGUGCAGCGUUACUUCUUCAUAAUAAAAACCCACCAGAAGAAAAUAGUUAUGUAUUGAAAUCUUAUAAUGAAAGAACAGCGACUCAAAAGGAAUGGUUUCUAGCCCAAUUCGACUUAAGAAGAAUUUUGAGAAGAAAAGAUUUAAAAGAAAAAAAUUAAAUAUUUGAAUUUA